AUGCAGCAAGUUCUUCCAUGUGAUACAUUCAAUAACCCCGACAACGGUUACAUCUUUGAGGGAGGUCAAUGUGAGUUUGGUGUUGAUGUCAUUGUUGCUCCACCUCUUACCAAUUGGGAAGUCCUCUCUUUCACUGAGAAAUACUCUGAUCCUAAAUUCUCUUGGACUAUAAAAAAAAUUUCUGAGUUGAAAGAGGAUGUCACAUCGAGAACUUUUUCAAUGGGAGGAAAGAAAUGGGUUCUAAAGCUGUAUCCGAAGGGCGACCCUACAGCAGACGGAAAAUGGUUAUCCGUUUUUCUGUAUUUAGCUGAUUGUGAUAAACCAAAAGCUGAUGAGAAGAUUUUCGUGCAAGCAAAUAUGAGAGUUCUUGGCCCACUUGGAUCCAAUCACUUUAAACUCCAAAUGGAAACGUGGUACACAGAACAAACCCCGGCUUGGGGUUGGUCUCGGUUCUUAUCUUUAGCUGAACUUGGAAAGGUUCACUUGGACAAGGAAGACAUGCUUAAAGUUGAGAUUGAAUUUAAAGUUGUUUCUGCGACCAAAUACUCGCCCAUUAUCUAA